UAUUUCAGCCGCACAGAUGGCAGCACCUUACGGAACUCCCUAAACAAAAACGAAAAGCUCUCGUAUUUUCUUUCUGCUGUAACGUUUUAAUCGUUUGUGUUGCUUGUAACUAUAUUCUGGUGUGCUGGCGUACAUUUUUGACUGUCAAAACUCUGCACUCGAUCUGUACUGUGACACUUGUGUGUCGCCCAUCUACCCUCAGCUCAUUGAUCACAUUUAUCUUACACAAUGGGUGAACGCAAGGGACAAAAUCAUUACUACCCCCCGGACUAUGAUCCACGCAAGGGUAGUCUCAAUGCAUUUCUUGGAACCCAUGCCUUACGAGAACGGGCUCGAAAAAUUCAUAUGGGCAUUCUCAUCAUUCGUUUUGAGAUGCCUUACAACAUUUGGUGUGAUGGCUGCAAGAAUCAUAUAGGCAUGGGAGUCCGGUACAAUGCAGAAAAAAAGAAGAUAGGGAUGUAUUACACAACCCCAGUUUAUCAGUUUCGUAUGAAAUGUCAUCUGUGUGAUAAUCACUUUGAAAUUAAAACUGAUCCAGGGAAUCUAGAUUAUGUCAUAGUUUCUGGUGCAAGAAGACAAGAGAAUCGCUGGGAUCCAACACAAAAUGAACAAGUUGUUCCCGAGGACAAGGACACACAAAAGCGCCUUUUUGAUGACUCUAUGUAUAAACUGGAACAUGGAAACAAAGAUGAGAGCACUGCUAAGAGAGUUGCUCCAGUUCUGGGUCGUUUAAUGAACAGAAAUGAAGAAGCUUGGAAGGAUGAUUUUGCAGCUAAUGCAGCUCUCCGUUCAAAGUUUAGGGCCAAGAAAAAGGAAUUAAUGAAGCAGGAACAGAAGGAUGCAUUACUGCUCCGUAAAUCAUCUCUUAGUAUAAAUUUGCUCCCAGAAAAUGAAGAAGAUAUUCGCUUAGCAUCACUUCUUGCCCUAGCUCCUUCAAAAACUAUGGUGGAAAAUCAAGAAACUGUUCGUGAAAAUAUAAUGAAGCGUCCUGCAUUACCAAGUAGUAAUGGAACAUCUCCUGGGUUUCUUGGAAUGCAAAAUGCUAGAAGACUUGAAGAACAACAUAAAAUACGUAAAAAGAUUGGCACAAUAGUUCGUACAAAGGUUCAGGUGAAGAGUUUUUCUCCAUCCAUUCCGUCAUCAGAUGACAGCAUAGCAAGUGAUGUGUCAAGUCCAUGGGAUUCAUCACUAUCAUCCGAGAGUGUUGCCUCACCCUUAUCCACUGAUACACUCAGCAUCACCUCUCCCCAACCAAAUGAGGAGCCUGAAGAUGAACAAUUGGAACCAGUUGAAAAAAGAGUUAAAACUGAUGGUCCCACUAGUUCUACCUUAGAGCAAAACAUUGAAUCAGAAAAGCGUAUCAGCAGUGUCAAGACAGGCUCCUUGGUAUCAUGCGACUAUGAAUCAUCUGGUUCUGAUGAUAAUUGAAUGUUUACUUUUUUCAUGUAUCCAUGCAUUUUUAGAUGUAAUGGAUAUGUGAUGUGUCUGUGAUACCAGCCAAUUAAGUUGUUUAUAAAACAAGAUGUGUCUGUGGUAUAUUGUCAAAGAAAUUGUUAUAAAAUAUCUAUAAAUUUUA